AUGUUCCACACUCUCGAAACGCGUUUACCUAUGUGUGUCGCUGGAAAAAUCGGUUUCCAUCACAAGUUGUCUACGUACGGUGCAUUUCCGAAAAUUCUCCAUAAACCAACUCGACUUCAAUAUUGUCCAUUCCACAGCAUUCAAAUCUGGAUCAUACUGUUCUUCGCCCAUCCUGGAAUUCCUUCCAUCUCACUUUAUUGGUCAGAAGGCAUCAAGAAUAGAAGGAGCGAUAAUGAAGAUCGCAUCGAUCAGCUUCCCUCUUGUCUCGCCAUUUCCAUGAGGUGGAGUGAAAGGCUUGCCCUAAGUAUUCUCAACCAACCUGUCAAAAUUCAUCUCUCUGGUGUUUGA